CGUGCGUUCUCCAUGCUCAACUCCGCCCGUGCAUAUAUGAAAGGCAGACUGUCUCUAUUGUGCAAGCGAGCGAACGUUUACUUACGCACCACACUUUGGACUAUAAAGCUGUCACGUACCUAAGGAUUCCUACAUAUACAAGCCUACCUGCGUAGCUCACGGAGGGACGCAGGCGUCUACGUUUUAACACAGCAGAAGCACUUCGACGGGAGGAAGAUGAGAAGAAGAAUAUAGCAUGGCUGCUCGAGAACAUUCCCAAGAAAUUCAGGCCGGUACGCCACCCGCUUCGCCGCCAGUCCUAGAAGAACCCUACAGCAUCUUCGACAAGCGACAGAAGGCUUUGAUCGUUACCAUUGUCUCGACUGCCGCGACCUUCUCCGGCUUCGCUUCUAACAUCUACUUCCCUGCGCUUCCCACCAUUGCUCGCGACCUGGAUAUUUCGAUCGAGCUCGUGAAUCUCACCGUGACUUCCUACCUUCUCUUCCAAGGCCUGGCACCCAGCCUUUGGGGUCCUAUAUCCGACGUCAAGGGGCGCCGAAUUGCGUACUGCUGCACCUUCUUGGUGUUUCUCGGCGCAUGCGCCGGCCUGGCACAGACGAAGAAUUAUGCCACCCUGCUAGUGUUAAGAUGCUUGCAAAGCACAGGCAGCGCAAGCACCAUCGCAAUCGGGUCUGGCGUGAUCGGAGAUAUCACUACGCGCGCAGACCGCGGAGGUUUCAUGGGGAUCUUUCAGGCCGGGUUGCUGGUGCCCGUUGCGGUGGGACCGAUCAUCGGGGGUGCUAUAGCCGGAUCUUUGGGGUGGAGGGCGAUAUUCUUGUUUCUAACUAUUUACAGCGGCGCCUUUCUUCUCGCGCUGAUUCUCCUCCUUCCUGAAACGCUCAGGUCAAUUGUUGCGAACGGGGGCCGGACGCCGUCCAGCCCCAUCGCUAGAUAUCCCCUUUCCUGCUACCAAAACACCACCAAGAUCGAGUGGGAUCCGCGAGCAACUCCGCCACAGCCAACAGCAAGCAAACGCGUCGACAUUCUAGGGCCUUUCCGCAUCCUGGCUAGCAAGCACGCGACCCCUAUCAUUGUUUUCCUCGCGGUGUACUAUGCUGUGUGGCAGAUGAGCAUCACUGCCAUGUCUUCCCUUUUCGAGGAGCGAUACGGCCUUGGCGAAACCCAGAUCGGACUGACAUUCAUCGCCAACGGUGUCGGGUCUAUGAUAGGAACACUCGUCACCGGCAAAGCCCUCGACAUGGACUACCGGCGCGUUAAAGCCAAGCAUGAGGCUCGGUCAGCUCAACCCGACGCCGAAGUAGGUAGCGACGCAAAUCCGUCUGUGACCAGUCCCGAGGUCCAGUUUCCACUCGAAAAGGCACGCCUUCGGCUAGUCCCUGUCUUCUCCCUCAUCCAGUGUCUGUCUAUCGUGCUGUUCGGCUGGACCAUUCAAUACUCCGACCACGUCCACAUUGCCGUUCCUAUUAUAUCUACCUUUAUCACUGGCUGGACUGCUGUCUCUACGCAGUCCGUUGUCAUGACUUACCUUGUCGACGUUUUCUCUGACAGGAGCGCUGCGGCUAGCGCCAGUCUGAAUCUGGCCCGAUGUCUACUAGCUGCCGCUGGCACUAGUCUUGUGAUGCCCCUGAUAAACAGCACCGGGGUCGGGCUGGCAUUUACCAUCUCCGCUAUUGUCCAAGUGAUCGCGUUGCUGGGUGUGGCCGUACAAUGGAAAUUUGCCGGCGCGUGGAGGAGAGAAACAGAAAUGCAAAAGAAACGAGGAGAGUAGGGGCAUGGGACUGCCCAGGGUAGAAUGUCUGACGGUGUACCGUUGUCUUCCUUCUCUUGUACAGUCAUCGGUAUUAGAGUAUUAUAGAGUUCUCUUAUGUUGGAAUAUCAUGGGUUGAGAACAACAUGCUGCUAGUAAGGACUGAUGAAUAUUAUUAUCAUAGAAUACGGAAAUACCUAGGCAAUCACCAUUGA